CAGAAUCAACUCCCAAAGCAACAACUCGAUUUUCGUGCUUUCCUUAGAAGGAUGGAGAGAAGACCGGACGAUUCGAUUCGGCGAAAAAUGGAAGAGCUGAGGCUCGUCUGCGAUCGAGAGAUAGCGGUUCAAAUGCAGCGAUGGAGUUCCGCUACUGAUUCCUUUCGAACGUCUCUUCAGUCGGUCAAGCUUAUGGCAGAAGAAACUGCCGAAAAUCAAGUAAAACUGGGCAAGUUUAAAACUCACCUAAGGGAACUGGAGGAUGAUUUAGUUAAAGCUCUUGCAGUGAAGAACCGUCAGGAAGCCAAGCGUUUGAAUAUAGUUGAUUCAAUUUCCGCUGCAAAAGCUAGAAGAGAAGAGCUUAGAAAAAAUUUGCAAGAUCAACAAGUCAAGAAGGAUGAAUAUGCAGGAAUAAUUUCCCGGCAAUCACUUGCUUUGGAAGAUCUGCAAGGAAAUCUUGAUCAGGAAAUGAGAAACAGAGACAUAGAAGAAACCAUUUCAUGGUACAAAAGGGUACUUGGCUUUCGGAUCGAAGGAGGUCAUGGGGUCAAGUUUAUAUUCAAUAAAAUUAACUCGAAAAAUCCAAAUGAGGAGUACUCUUUCACUGUGAGGCAUGCAAAUGAUAUUUAUACAUUGCUGGAUUGCGACCCUUGCUUGGAUGACAUCAAGGAGUUGAUCCAAGAAUUGAACCAAACUAAUGGCUUGUUCAAGUUUGUGGGAAUUAUGAGAGAGAAGUUUCAAGCAACUGCAUCAAUAGGUAUUGUUCCUCAAGCCACAUCUCACCCAGACUCAACUACAAUUUCUAGAUCAGCUCCAGCUGCAUCAGUUUCGGUUGACAGCAGAAGUGAUUCUUCGGAAAAGGAAAAUGCACUUCAAAGUCAAUCUGGAGAAACUUGCAGACCUCCAGGAAAAGUUAAUCAUGGGCGAAUGACUAAAUCAAAGGUCCUCUCUCCAACAUCUGCAGCAUCUUUUCGCCGGUCCCCUCGUUUGAAGGUCAAGAAAUGAAUGUUCAGAAGGCCUCUUUGUCACCCGAGAUGAAAUCCUUCAUGGUUUUUACAUGCUUUCGUCUUAGCUAACCACCACAGAUGACCCAUGACGAUAUUUAAGUACAUCUGGUAAUUUUUGUUGGGUUCAGAUGUUAGAAGAAUUAAUCAAUUGAAUGAAGCAGAUUCGGGGAGCCUCGUCCAUGUAUUGCCACUCAACUAACAUUUCAAGCUUUGAGAACAAAAAAGUGAAACAA